AUGGCGUCAGGGGAGGCAGAGCCGCUGCAGUACACGACCACCGUGCUGCGGGUGUCCAUCCACUGCGAGGGGUGCAAGAAGAAGGUGAAGAAGGUGCUCCACAGCAUCGAAGGCGUGUACAAGGUGACGAUCGACGCGACGCAGCACAAGGUGACGGUCACCGGCAGCGUGGCCGCCGACGCGCUCGUCAGACGGCUGCUCAAGUCCGGCAAGCACGCCGCGCUCUGGCCGGUGCCGGCGCCGGCGCCGCCCGCCACAGAGGCCAAGAAGCCUGAGGAGGCCCCGUCUGCCGGGAAGGGCGGCAAGGGCGCGGAGAAGGCGGACGCCAAGCCCAAAAAGGUGGCCGACGAGGCAGAGCCGGAGAGCUCGGAGAAGCCAGACAAGGACGAAGGUUCAGAGAAGAAACCAGAGAAAGCAGCGGCGAAGAAACCCAAGGACGAGGCCAAGGAGGAGGGAGAGGAUCCUGAGAAGAAGGAGAAGGUCUCGCCGGAGCCGCCAGCCAAAGAAGCGGCGGCCGCCGACGAGGCCCCGGAGGCGGGCGGAGAGGAGACGGGGGGCAAGAAGGGGAAGAAGAAGAAGAACAAGCAGCAGAAGGAGGUCGGCGACGGGGACGCCGCUACGGAGAAGCCGCCUCCGCCGCAGCAGCAGCAGCAACAGCAGCCAAAGACAAAGCAGCCACAGCCGCACCAGGCGAUGCCGCCCGUGCCGGCGCCGGGGCCGGGACCAGAGCGCGCGCACGGCCACGGCGGCCCGUUCCCGUACUACGCGCCGCAGCCGGUGAUGAGCUACAACAUGGCGCAGCCGAGCGCGAGCGUGUCGUACUACGCGCCCACGCCGGUGGCGUCCAUGCAGCCAAUGCCGCCUCCGCCGCCGUACGGCGGGUACUCGCCUUACCCGCCGAUGAUGAUGCCGCCGCCGCCGCCGCCGGAGUACAUGUACGGCCCGCCGGGCAUGCGGUCGUCCCCGCCGCAGGAGCCGUACAACAACAUGUUCAACGAGGAGAACCCCAGUUCCUGUAGCGUCAUGUGA